AAGCGCAGUAGGCCGAGUCGCUGUUCGCGAAUACGAGUGUCUAUAGUGUAUACACACCAGUGGUGUUUGGCUCUUCAACGUCGUCUUCUUCGUCUUCGCUCUCUCGGGCGCGCGAUAUCUUCUUUUCUUCUCAUUUUUACACCUGUAUCGUGCACAUUCGCUGAUCGUUGUUACAUUGCAAAAUACUUUGACACUGUAUCGAGUGAAGAACAGUUAGAGAGAGAAAGAACGAGAGACGGAGACAAGGCGUGCGUGCGUGCAAGUGCAAGAGAGGAGAAGCGAGUAAAGCUGCUUUUCCGCGUGCAUCCAAACUUUCAGCCAGCCCAGGAGUCGGAGCCUGCAAAGAAGAUGAGGGCCGCUGGUGUUGUGCUGAUUAGCGUCGCGCUUACCUGUGCCGUCGUCGGCAAUGCUUACUAUCACAAGAAGCAAUUCUACCCGUCCGUCGUCUACAUAACCAAGUCAAAUCCUAGCAUGGCUAUCAUCUACGUGCAAGGUCUCAUUCUUGUUUUGAUGGCAAAUACUUUUUUGCGAAAAAUUUUCUUCGGAAAUUUAAGAGCGGCCGAAUUUGAGCAUCUUAUGGAAAAAUUAUGGUAUGCAGUUACCGAAACCUGUUUAGCAUUUACAGUCUUCAGAGAUGAUUUUAGUCCAAAAUUCGUGGUAUUAUUCACACUGCUACUAUUUCUAAAAUCAUUUCAUUGGCUCGCAGAAGAUCGUGUCGAUUUCAUGGAAAGAAGCCCAGUCAUAACAUGGCUAUUUCAUAUUAGAGUUGCUAGUCUAUUAGCUUUAUUAUUUUCAAUAAACUUAGCCAUGUUCAAUUAUGCUUAUAAUUCAACUAUAGCCAAAGGACCAUCGGUGCAAUUAGUAUUUGGUUUUGAAUAUGCAUUACUGAUAACUGUUGUACUUAAUAUUAACAUCAAAUACAUUCUCCAUACAAUUGAUUUACAAAGAGAUAGUCCUUGGGAUAAUAAACCUGUUUACAUGUUAUAUACUGAAUUAAUUAUUGGACUCAUGAAAGUUACAUUGUAUAUUGCUUUUGUUGCAAUCAUGGUCAGAAUUUAUACCUUACCAUUGUUUGCAUUUAGGCCUAUGUACUUUACAAUGAGAAACUUUAAAAAAGCUUUCCAUGACAUUGUUAUGUCUAGAAGAGCUAUAAGAAAUAUGAAUACUCUGUAUCCUAAUGCUACGCCUGAAGAGUUGGCUGCCGCCGAUAAUGUUUGCAUAAUUUGCAGAGAAGAGAUGGUCUCUGCCAGCAAAAAGUUACCAUGCAAUCACAUAUUUCAUACUUCUUGUUUGCGAUCAUGGUUCCAACGCCAACAAACAUGUCCCACAUGCAGACUAAAUAUUCUAAGACCGACAACAACAUCUCAACCUUCAAGGCAGCAACAAAACCAGCAACCUCCACCUGCUCCAGCUGCUGCAAACCCUCCUGCUCAGUCUACUCCAGCUCCAGGAGCAGCAACACAACCAGCUCCUCCACCUCAAUUUCAAAUUCCUACUUAUUGGGCUCAUUUAACAACAUCACCAACAUCUCAAGGAUUAGGCAAUCAACAAGGCCAAAACUCAUCAACUUCUCAACUACCUUCAGGUAUUGUCACUGGUGUACCGGUCUUCACACACUCUUUCCAACCCAUUAUUCCAUUACCACCUGUGCCUACUCCUCCUCCUAAUCUCAGUAAUUUAACUGAAGAAGAACUGCGAUCAAUGGAAGGUAAUCUCAGAGCAGCAGUUGAAGCUCGCAUUGAAACUCUACAAAGAGUACAAUUACUACUUGAUGCCGCUACAGCAAUGAUGAGUCAAUAUCAGACUGCUGCGCGCUCUGCUUCUAUCAAUCUACCUAAAUCUGAUACACUUCUUAGCCAGGAUGAUAAUAAAUCUACUACCAGCUCUAUGGAUAAUAACAGAGAUUCAAGUUCUUGUAUAUCUGACUUUUCAGUGCCAACUAGCACUAAUGGUAUUGCAGAUUUAAGAACUAGUGAAGUAAAUGAACAGCUUACUCCUGAUUCAUCCUCGUUACUUUAUUCAGAUAGAAUAUUAAGAAAUAAUAGUUUAUCAUCAACACCAACACCAACCCCAAGCACAAGUAGUACUGGUGGGAUAGCUCCUGGUGAAUUAGAGAAUCUGAGACAAAGAAGGCUUGUAAGAGAUCAGUCUGUUGAUUAAGUGUAUAAAACUUUAAAAGACUUGGAACUGACUUUGCCAAUAAGUUUUCUUUUUAUUAAAUUUGACAAUAAUAAUUUAAAAGUGGAACUAUUUUUUUCUAUGUUUAUUAACAAUUUGUAAUUGGAAUAUAAGUAAAAAAAAAUUUAAUCGAUGAAAUUAAUAGUUUCACAAGUGGAUUAUUACUGUGAAAUCGCAUAAUGCAUUACUGGAAAAUUGCAAAUUCUGUAAAAAAGAGUGAAAUGUGUUUUGGGAAGUAUCGAUGCAGAUUUUGUAUUUGAAUCUAUCAAGUGUGAUAUUACAAGUGAGAAUGUUGUGUAUAAAGCAGGUAUAGUGAAUGGAUUUUUGUGCUUUAACCAAUGACCAUUAGUUACUAAACUAUUCAUCUUUAUAAAAUUUGUAUUAAAACAAAUUACAAAAAUAUCCUACCGCGGAAAUAUCUUUAACUAAGUAAUACUCAUCGUGCAAUGAUGUAAUACUUAAAUUUUACUUCAAAAUAAUGUACAUUUAUUCAGUAGGCGAUGUAAAAACUUUAUUCGUCUUUAUUUUUGAAUUGGGUCUAGAUUAAAUAUAAUGUUUUAGGUAGUACAUUGUACAAUUCGUUACGUUAACCUCUGCAUAAGAGACUUGAACGUUUUCAUUAUCUAAUUUGAUAUUAAUGUCUUAGAAAAUGACUAGUAACCCAUAAUACAAAUUUGUAAUUGAAAACGCACUACAUUAGCAUAUUUUACUACUACAAAUAAAAAAUAAUUUACAAAAAUAAAUAUUAAUUAUCGUGCAAAAUUUACAAAAUAAUUGAAUUGUUUAUUUGAAUUUUUAUUGUAAACUGAAAAAUUUUAAAAGUUUUAAACUUUGUAAGUACUAAGUACCAUUUAUGUAUUUAUUUGUAUUAUCAAGGAUAAGCCAUAAUGCUGCACAUUCGCCAUUUUGGCAAAGUUUUUUUCUAUCUACAUUUCUCAGUGGGGUACUUUUUGGGUAAUAUUUACUCUAUUGAUAAUACACUUUAAGAAUACGAAAAAAAAA